AGGGAGUGGGCAGUAGGUGGUGCAGGUGUGGGAGGGAGUGGGCAGUAGGUGGUGCAGGUGCUGGGAGGGAGUAGGCAGCAGUUGUACAGGUGUGGGAGGGAGUGGGCAGUAGGUGGUGCAGGUGUGGGAGGGAGUGGGCAGCAGGUGGUACAGGUGCGGGAGGGAGUGGGCAGUAGGUGGUGCAGGUGUGGGAGGGAGUGGGCAGCAGGUGGUGCAGGUGUGGGAGGGAGUGGGCAGCAGUUGUACAGGUGUGGGAGGGAGUAGGCAGCCGGUGGUGCAGGUGCUGGGAGCGAGUGGGCAGCAGGUGGUACAGGUGUGUCCACCUGGUAGGACAGCACAGAGCAGGGAUGAGACUGCGCUCAUGGAAGGUGGCUGUAUUUAGGAGAAGGUCUCUUCUAGGCCUAAGAAACACUGUUUGGGGUAAGAGCGACCACACUCCACACAGGCCCAGCUAAGAAGCCAGCAGCAGUGGCUCAGUGGAAGCGCCCAGCCCCGACAGCCCUGGGCGUGGCCCGUGCUUGUCUGAUCAUCUGCCCUCCAAGCGGGGCAGGUUGGAGGUUCAUUCAGUGGGUGUUCUACCUGUGUGUGCUGCCACUGUCUGUGCUUGCUCUAGGGGCAGACAACGGCCUCAGAGAGCUGCUCUGUUACUCUCAAUGAGACCAGCUGGGCUGGGCUCCGCAGGUGGCACACCCCCAGAAGACGAGGGGCCUUUCACGGUGAAGCUGGAGGACUCCGAGGAGGAAGGCGAAGCUGCCCUGUGGGACCCAGGCCCCGAGGCCGCACGCCUGCGCUUCCGGUGUUUCCGCUACGAGGAGGCAGUGGGUCCCCGAGAGGCCCUGGCCCGGCUCCGAGAGCUGUGUCGGGACUGGCUGCAGCCGGAUGUGCACUCCAAGGAGCAGAUGCUGGAGCUGCUGGUGCUGGAGCAGUUCCUGGGCGCGCUGCCCCCCGAGAUCCAGGUUCAUGUGCAGGGGCAGCAGCCAGGCAGCCCCGAGGAGGCUGCUACCUUGGUUGACAGGCUUCGCCAGGAGCCAGGCGGGCCUCGGCGAUGGGUCACAGUCCAUGUGCAGGGCCAAGAGGUCCUAUCAGAGAGGAUGGACCCCUCCAGCUUCCAUUCUCUACCUCAAACUCCAGAGCCUGGGCCCAAGAUACUGCCUGAGGCCAUGCAGCAGUCACCACUGGGCCUACAGGUGAAAGAGGAGCCAGAGGUUACAGAAGACCCAGAGCUUCUGGACUCUGGGCUUCUAGAGGCUGUACCCACCCUUCCACCUGAGGAGGCCCAGGGCUGUGAGACAGCGCUGGACCAGGCCUCUCCACAGAGUGAGACUGGGCCUGAGGGGCCCUCAUGGAAGGACUGCCCAGGGCCCCUAUGGCAUGAGGAAGCUGGAGACAUCUUCUCUCCAGGAUUUGCACUGCAGAUGGACAGGGACCCUGCAGACCCAAGCACUGUGAGCUCCCACCUCCACAUCCCCUGGGACCUCAGCAUGGCGGGCCUCUCGGCCCAAAUCCAGACACCCUCCCCUGAAGGUGGCUUCCAGUGCGCCAGCAACCUGGGAGGUGAGCAAGACCUCACAGACAGAGAUUCCCGCCAGGCCGCCCUGAUUGCCACCCGCUGGCACACCUCUAGGGGCCGGGGACGUGGCCGCCCUAGCACUGGCUCCCGGGCAGUUCGGGGCGGCUGCUGUGACGUGUGUGGCAAGGUGUUCAGCCAGCGCAGCAACCUGCUGAGGCACCAGAAGAUACACACGGGCGAGCGACCAUUCGUGUGCGGCGAGUGCGGCCGCAGCUUCAGCCGCAGCUCGCACCUGCUGCGCCACCAGCUGACACACACGGAGGAGCGGCCGUUUGUGUGCUGCGACUGCGGCCAGGGUUUCGUGCGCAGCGCACGCCUCGAGGAGCACCGCAGGGUGCACACGGGGGAGCAGCCCUUUCGUUGCACAGAGUGUGGCCAGAGCUUCCGGCAGCGCUCCAACCUGCUGCAGCACCAGCGCAUCCACGGCGAUCCCCCAGGCCCUGGCACCACACCCCCUGCCCCUCCCGGCGUGCCCGAGCCCCCCGGUCCCUUCCCGUGCAGUGAGUGCCGCGAGAGCUUCACGCGGCGCGCAGUGCUGCUGGAGCACCAGGCGGUGCACACGGGCGACAAGUCCUUCGGCUGCGUGGAGUGCGGAGAGCGCUUCGGGCGCCGCUCGGUGCUGCUGCAGCACCGGCGACUACACAGUGGCGAGCGCCCCUUCGCCUGCGCCGAGUGCGGCCAGAGCUUCCGCCAGCGCUCCAACCUCACCCAGCACCGGCGCAUCCACACCGGGGAGCGGCCCUUCGCUUGCGCCGAGUGCGGCAAGACCUUCCGCCAGCGGCCCACGCUCACGCAGCACCUGCGUGUGCACACCGGCGAAAAGCCCUUUGCCUGCCCCGAGUGUGGCCAGCGCUUCAGCCAGCGCCUCAAGCUCACCCGCCACCAGAGGACACACACCGGGGAGAAGCCGUACCACUGCGGUGAGUGCGGCCUGGGCUUCACGCAGGUGUCGCGGCUCACCGAGCACCAGCGGAUCCACACCGGCGAGCGGCCCUUCACCUGCCCCGAGUGCGGCCAGAGCUUCCGGCAGCACACCAACCUCACCCAGCACCGGCGCAUCCACACCGGGGAGCGGCCCUACAAAUGUCCCGAGUGCGGCAAGACCUUCCGCCAGCGGCCCACACUCACACAGCACCUGCGCACCCACCGGCGAGAGAAGCCCUUCGCAUGCCAGGACUGUGGGCGCUGUUUCCACCAGAGCACCAAGCUCAUCCAGCACCAGCGUGUCCACAGCGUGGAGUAGCUCCAGCCAGCACGCCCUGCGUCCACUACCUCACAGUGUUGUGAUCAGAGGUAGAGGCAGCCUGCCCGCCCGUGGUCCCCGCAGGUGCUUAAUAAACAGUAAACAGAGUUGGGUCUGCACCCACUCGCUGCACUCCAUCUGCAAGCCCCUCUCUGCCACCCUAUCCAGCACUCCUCUGUGCCCACAAGUGACUGCUGGCAGCGCCUGCUGCCGUCUGAGAGGCUCCUGUACCUGCCUCUGGCUUGCCUAGAGGAACCGGCCCAGCAGCAGGUGCCCCAGAGCCGCCCUGGGCAGCCCAGCCUCCGCUCUUCCUGAGCGGCAGCCUUAGUAUCCCAGACCCAGAGAGGAGCAUGUGCUGGACACCAGCUCGUGACCAGCGUGUGCGAGGCUUGGUCCUCAGGCGGUCAGGGAAUGGAUGUCUGGCCUGGCAGUUAGGACACCAGUUAGGAUGCCUGCACUCAGAGUCCCUGGUUUGAUCCCCCAGCUCUGGCUCCUGAGUACGGCUUCCUCCCAGUUUAGACCCUAAAGGGCAAAGACUAUGGCCCAAGUAAUUGGGUUCUGCCACUCGUGUGGGAGACCUGGGUUGAGUUCCUGGCUCUAGGCUCCAGAGCCCUGACCUCUGCAGGCAUCUGGGAAAUGAACUAUCUGAUGGGAGCUCCCUCACUGUGUGUGUGUGUGUCUGUCUCUCUGCCUCUCCAAUAAAUAAGACAGAGCCACUGUA